AUGUUCCGACCAGUUUCUUUCCUCCGCAAGAGGUUGGAUGCCAGGCUGGUCGGCACAUGCUUCAAGGCUCGAUCCCUCUGGACGGGUGAGGAUGCAACAACAGCCUCCCAGAAGCGUCUUCUCCUGUUCGAUAUCGCGAGCAAUCAAUCGCCCUUUUCCAUCCACCGGGUUCAUUCGUCCAACUCGUUCCUACGCGCCCAAAACUCUUUCUCCCCAAACACGAUCCGCUCACGGCUGGCCCUGCACUACAAGGGGCUCCCGUACACCGAAUCCUGGAUCUCGUAUCCGGACAUCGAGCCAUUGUGGCAGGAAUUGAAGAUCCCGCCACGAAAGGAUGUCUUGGAAAGUCAACGGCGGACCUCGCCGACUUGCACGUUACCCAUCCUCCUUCUCGACGCCGAAGACUUUGGUCCAGACACCUUGAAAGGACUACAUGAUGCAAAAGUCCCCGGGGUCCACGAAACGGUGCAGACGAGGUACGGCAUAUUCACGCCGGUGGUCUCGUCGCUGAGCAUCGCCAUGGCGCUCGAAGUGCUCUUCCGCGACCCUGAGAGAUAUCCUCCCUUAUUCCCUGACCAACAGUCCCUGGAACAGACGCGACAAGUCCAGGGCAUCAUCACUCGCAUCCUCCCCGCGACACGCCGGCUGAUAAUCCCUUCCGUGCCGGACAUUCUCGACGACAGAGGGAAAGAGUACUUUAUCCGAACACGCAGCGAAUGGUUUGAGGUGAUGUCGCUCGAAGAGCUCCGACCCAAGACCCAAGAAGAAACAGAUCGGCUGUGGGCCAACAUUGAGACAGAACUCGACCCCAUCUUGCGCGCACUGCAGGACUUGCCCCAGGUGAAAGGUCCCAAGCUGCACGACGCCCUGGACUGGAAUUCCGACGCGAGCGUUGCCCACGGGCCCACCGACCGCGUGCGCUACCUCUCCGGCACGUCCUCUCCGACCUACGCCGACUUCAUCCUCAUGGCCUUUCUGGCCUGGAUCGCCCGCGUCGACAUGGACGUCUGGGCGCGCCUGACCCUACACUUCGGCCACGGCGUGCUCGAGGAUCUUUGGAUGGGCUGUCUCCCCUACCUCCGCAGUGGCGGCUACGUGGGCACGCUGGAGUGGUUCCGGCCCGUGGGGAGACAGCAACUCGGCCAUCGUUGA